AUGGUGAAACAAACAACGCACUUGAAAAAUAAACUAACAAAUAUGUCGCCAGAAGUAAAAAAGCGCGUGCGGGCUCUAAAAAAACUUAUUUUAGCCCAGCAUGAAAUUGGAUUGAGAUUCAAUGCCGAAGUUCAUCUUCUUAAAUUGAAAUAUGAAAAAGUGUACGAGCCGUAUAUUAAUAAGCAAACUGAUAUAAUUCAAGGAAACUACGAGCCUACCAAAGGCGAAUACAGUAGUUCUGAUGAAGAUGAUGAACCAGUUAAAAUAGGACUUGAAUCAAAAGAGGCGAGUAGACAAGAACCGAAAGGAAUACCGGACUUUUGGCUUAAUUACAUCAAGAACUCGUACAAAUUCAAAUUUUUCAUACUACCACAUGACGAGAAAAUCUUCAGACAUUUGUCAGAUAUCAGGUGUAAUCGAUCGGAAGAGUAUAUAGGAUAUACUAUAGAAUUUCAUUUCACACCUAACGAAUGGUUCACUAAUAAUGUGCUGACCUUGAAGUUCGAGGAGUACCCUCCAGACGAUAUUUUUGAUAGUGUUAAAUGGUACGGUAUAGACUACGCCUUUGAGUACAAACUGACUGGCUGUGAGAUUAAUUGGAAUGAGGGGAAAAAUGUGACACAGCAAAUCAAAAAUGUAACACUUGAAGGCAUCGAAGUUCCUUUCUACAAAACCGUUGAAUAUCCAUCAUUCUUCAAUUUAUUUAAUGAUACAUAUAAUUCGACGAAACUCGAUAGACGGUAUUUUCAAACAUUAUUCAAAGACUAUAAACAAAAGUGCAAUUGGUUAGUUAGUGAAGCAUUAGGAGAAUUGUAUUUCAAUCACGCGGACUUUCAAUUUCAUAAGAUGAAAAUGUUUGAUAUUUCUGAUGAAUACGAGACGUGUGAGUCGUAUAUUGAGACGGACGAAGAAGAUGGUAUGUCUCACUCACAGAUGAAAUAA